AGCAAGAAUUCAUUUGCUACACAGUUCAGUAUCUACUCUCUCUCUCUCUCUCUCUCUCUCUCUCUCACUCCCCUCGCACGCACAGAGCUGAGCUUGAAGAAGAUGCCAAGCAGAAGGGGAAGAAUUUCUAUUUCUUCCAUUAUUGGACCAAGAAUAGCUUACUACAAUAAUUGGCUAUUAAAAGGACGCGAACCUAAACCUGAAGCCAUACCCAAACAACCAUGCAAUUUGGGUCCCAAUCAUCUUCAUUCUGCUUUAAUUUCCUUCAAUCGCAUGCUCCGAAUGCGACCUUUGCCCCCAAUUUCUCAAUUCAACAAAGCUUUAGGCCCUAUUUUGAAAAUGGGUCAUUACGCCACUGCGCUUUCUCUUAUUCAUAACAAGUUGCAACAGCUCCAAGGCAUUCAGGUCGAUAUCUACACCUUCAACAUUGCCAUUAACUGUUACUGCCACCUUAAUCGAGUAGAUUUUGGGAUGUCUCUUCUGGGUACCCACUUCAAACGCGGCUAUACACCCAAUGUAAUUACCUUCACAACUCUGAUUAAUGGACUUAUUUUGCAAGAUAAAACUCCUCAAGCUGUGGAGUUGUUUAAGAAAUUAAUGAGAAGUAGAGAAAUUGAACCCAACGUGGUUAUGUAUGGAACCAUUGUCAAUGGGCUCUGCAGAACGGGGAACACUAUCAGGGCUGUUAGUUUGCUUAGGAUUAUGGAAGAGGAAAGUUGUAAACCUGACACCAUAGUGUAUACCACGAUCAUUGACAGUCUUUGCAAGGAUAGAAUGGUGGAUGAUGCUCUCAAACUUUUUUCUAAAAUGGAUGAAAAGGGUAUUUUCCCAGAUGUUGUCACUUAUACUUCUUUGAUUCAUGGCCUAUGUAAUUUUGGCCGGUGGAAGGAGGCUACUGGAAUGUUCAGAGAAAUGUUGGAUAGUGGUAUUGCACCAAAUGUUCAUACGUAUAAUGUGUUGCUGGAUGCAUGUACCAAGGAAGGGAAGAUGAAAGAGGCAGAGGGGGUAAUUCAAGUCAUGAUACAAAGAGGUGUGGAUCCUAAUGUAGUCACAUACAAUACUCUAAUGGAUGGAUAUUGUUUCCAAGGCCAAAUGGAUGAAGCAAUCAGAGUGUUGAAUAACAUGGUGGAAAGGGGCCUUCACCCCAAUGUUUUUAGCUAUAACAUUCUAAUCAAUGGAUAUUGCAAGAAAAUGAAAAUAGUUGAGGCCAUGCAUCUCUUUCGAGAAUUGCCUCGAAGGGGGUUGAAACCCGACAAUGGAACUUUCGGUGCUAUGUUACAAGGUUUGUUUCAAACAGGUAGAUGUGGAGUUGCUCAAAAACUUUUUAAUGAUAUGCAAGCUGCAGGCAUAAUUCCUAAUUCUGUAACUUAUGGUAUCUUAUUGGAUGGGUUGUGCAAAAAUGGGCAUAUUUCUGAAGCAUUGUCAUUAUUCCACAUGAUGGAAAGCAACAAUUUACAUCCUGAUAUUGGCCCUUUUCAGUAA